UAACAGCCAGGCCCCGCCCCUCGAGAUGUCUAACGGCCAGGCCCCGCCCCUCGAGGCGCCCCAACGGCCAGGCCCCGCCCCCGCGUGCGUGCGCGGCCUCGCGGAGACGGGCGGGCGCCCGCGUCGUCAGAGGCUGAGGUGGCAGCGGCCUCGCCAACAUGGAGCUGCCAGAGAUGCCGGAGCUGAUGGGGCUGUCGCUGUUGCUCGGGCUGCUGGCCCUGAUGGCGACGGCGGCGGUAGCGCGGGGGUGGCUGCGCGCUGAGGAGCAGAGGUGCGGCCGGUCCGCCAGCCAAAAAGCAAAUGGAUUUCCACUUAGCAAAUCCUCGGCAUCCAAGAAACAGAAACAGCAUCAGCGGAUUCGCAAGGAGAAGCCUCAACACCACAACUUUACCCACCGCCUCCUGGCUGCAGCACUGAAGAGCCACAGCGGGAACAUAUCUUGCAUGGACUUUAGCAGCAAUGGCAAGUACCUGGCCACCUGUGCAGAUGACCGCACCAUCCGCAUCUGGAGCACCAAGGACUUCCUGCAGCGGGAGCACCGCAGCAUGAGAGCCAACGUGGAGCUGGACCAUGCCACCUUGGUGCGCUUCAGCCCUGACUGCAGAGCCUUCAUUGUCUGGCUGGCCAGUGGGGACACCCUCCGUGUCUUCAAGAUGACCAAGCGAGAGGAUGGGGGCUACACCUUCACAGCCACCCCAGAGGACUUCCCUAAAAAGCACAAGGCACCUGUCAUCAACAUUGCCAUUGCUGGCACAGGGAAGUUCAUCAUGACUGUCUCCAGUGACACCACUGUCCUCAUCUGGAAUCUGAAAGGUCAGGUGCUGUCUACCAUCAACACAAACCAGAUGAACAAUACGCAUGCUGCUAUUUCCCCUUGUAGCAGGUUUGUGGCGUCAUGUGGCUUCACCCCGGAUGUGAAAGUUUGGGAAGUCUGCUUUGGGAAGAAGGGGGACUUCCAGGAGGUAGUGCGAGCCUUUGAACUGAAGGGCCACUCUGCAGCUGUCCAGUCCUUCGCUUUCUCCAACGACUCCCGGAGGAUGGCCUCUGUCUCCAAGGACGGUACGUGGAAACUGUGGGACAUCGAUGUGGAAUACAAGAAGCAGCAGGACCCCUACUUGCUGAGGACAGGCCGCUUUGAAGAGGCGGGAACCAUGCUGUGCCGCCUGGCACUCUCCCCUGACGCCCAGGUCUUGGCCUUGGCCAGUGGCAGGAGUAUUCAUCUCUUCAAUACCCGGCGGGGUGAGAAGGAGGAAUGCUUUGAGCAGGUCCAUGGAGAGUGUAUCACUGACUUGUCCUUUGACAUCACUGGCCGGUUUCUGGCCUCCUGUGGGGACCGGGCCGUACGGCUCUUCCACAACACCCCUGGCCAUCGGGCCGUGAUGGAGGAAAUGCAGGGCCACCUGAAGCGGGCCUCCAAUGACAGCACCCGCCAGAGGCUGCAGCAGCAGCUGACCCAGGCCCAGGAGACCCUGAAGAGCCUGGGUGCCCUGAAGAAGUGAGGGGCGUGGCAGGAGGGGUCGGCCACCUGUUCCCCAGCUGCUGCCACUUUUCUUUCCCAGGUACUCCCAGCUGGAAACCUUUUGAAAGGAGUCUCCUGAUUUUCUUAUUGGUGGCCCCUCUCCUCUUUUUCCCAUUGAAGCUAUUCUUGCCGACUUAGAUCUCUCUCUCUUCUUCUUGGUUGUGGUUCCUCCCAGACUACUGACCAAGGUGCUGCUUUUUCUCCCGGGCCCAAGGGAUGGAAUCUGUCCUCACCCAGCACCCAAGAGAGUGGUAGAGAGAAGGGAGAAAAUACAGUUUUCAACCUUGUGGGCAACAUACCUUGAUACCCAGAAAAGUUUGUAAGUGUGGAGGCAAAACAUAGAGAACACCUAGGUACUAAGCAGCACUUGUACAAGGGUGGGAGGUUGGCAUACCUUCCCGUACAGAACUGUGCUCGGGGCUCAGGGCAAGGCUGGUCUUAAUUUAGUCAGGGCUCCUAACUCCGCCAAAAAGUAAGUAAGGGAUGUCAUUCUUGGCCUCAGUUUUCUUAUUUGUAAAAUGGAGAAUAAGCCUCUCUGUGACCUCCCUGCAAAGAUGUGAGGCCAAGAGAGCAUAAAGUCCCUUGGCUUGGGAGAAAAGUGGAAAAGAGUAGUGAUAUUGUCCACUGUCAUUAACUACCAGGUGAAAGUAGGAAUCAGUGUGGUUCGAAACCAAACUAGAAAGAAAGAAACACAUUCCUUGGGAAGGUGAAGUUUUCUGCGACUGGGUCUUACUUUUUAUAUGGUUCUGCUUUAAAUUGUGUGGAGGAAUUAUAGAAUCCCAAGAUGGGGCUCCUGUCUUCCAGGAGGUUCUUUCGUGUUUUUUUUAAUAUUUUUUCUCACUGACUGUCCCUGUGCAGGUUCUUUCGUUUUUGAGGAGACCUGUUUUCAGUUCAUCAGGUAGUUGAGUGCCUACUGUGUGCCCAGCAAGGCACCAGGCCCUGGAGAUAAACACGAGUAAGACCUGGUUUCUGCCCUCAGAGAUGGCUGGUGGAAGAGAGAUAUCCAGACACGUCUGUCAAGUGCCUUUUGUUAAUUUGUUCAUAGCCACAGUAGACUGUUGUAAAAGUCAAGGCAAGAGAGAGGACUGAAUAAGGACAAAGGCCGUGGCUGUGAAGUUGAAGGGGUAGAUCUGAUAAAAGAGUAGGUAUUUAGAAGUUAGAACUUUUGAAUUUGAGGACUUCUUGGAUGUGGGAGGUAAGAGAAAUGAAGAAUCUAGAAAGACUCGAGUCUAGGCAAAAUUUGUUCAUCUGAAAUCAAAGUCUGGGUCUCUCUCACUAAAACUAGGUCUUCCUCUGGUUGUCCCCAACCUAUAAACGUUUGCAUAAGCCACAACCUUGGAGUUACCCUCCAUUGCUCUCCGUCCCACCACCACUGCUGCCAUCCACUCAUCAGAACAUUCUUUUGGUCACGCUCCAUGUUACCUCUCGAGUCUGCUGCUUCUCUCCAUAGUCUCUGUUAGUAUCCUGGUCCUAGCCAGUGUCACCUACUGGACUACUAUAAUAUCACUUCCUAAUUGGUCUCUCUCCUUUCUCUGUUGCCUCAUUAAAUUACUUUUCUACCUA